AUGCCUUCCAUUCUCAACGAUGACGAUAAAGCCACGGUCAAGCGCUUCGUCCCCAAGCAGUCGAACAAGAUCCAGGCUGUCGCCGUCGCCAGGCUCUACGUCGCCUACCCUAACCGCUCCAAAUGGACCUACACCGGGCUUCAGGGCGCCAUAGUCCUCGCCGACGACCUCGUCGGGCACACCUACUGGCUCAAGAUGGUUGACAUCUCGCCUGCCAACCGUGGCGUCAUCUGGGAUCAGGAGAUCUUCGACACGUUUGCCUACAACCAGGACCGUACCUUUUUCCACACAUUCGAGAUUGACGAGUGCCUCGCCGGCCUGAGCUUCGUCGACGAAAAGGAGGCCAGGCAGUUCAAGAAGAGGAUGGACGAUCGCGAAAAGAACGCCAGCAAAGCCACUCGCUCCACCCCCUUCGGCGGCCACUCCCAGCCCAAGGAGAAGCAUGGCAUCCUCGGCGGUCUCUUUGGCUCCCGUCACUCAUCGGGCCCGACGCCUCCGGACUCGCCGCGCAACAACGUUACGCCCCCUAUGCCUAGCGGCAGCCCCAUCUCCGAGUUUGCCCUCCUCGACGAAUUCGACCCCCUGUGGCGCGAGCACUUUGGUCAAGACCUCAAAAGCAAGGGCCUGACCGACAACUUCAUCAAGGACAACCAAGAGUUCAUCGUCGACUUCUUGCGCGAGGAGCAGCAAAAGGCCCAGCAGCAGCAAGCAAUCACCACACAUGCCCCCCCGCCAACGUCCCCGGGCAUCUCAUCCAACGGCCACGCCCGCCCACCACCUCCACCUCCCCCCGGCGGCCGACACGCGCCCUCACCGCCGGCAUCGGGUGCCAAGGCGCCGCCGCCGCCGGCUCCGAGACGCUCAACCAAGGCCGAGGAAUCUACCCCCCCGCCGCCUACGAGGCCCAGAUUCAAUGCGCCGCCUGCACUGCCCGACGCCGGCAAGUUUGCGGUCCACUCCAAGCCAGCUCCGCCCCCGAGGUCGAGCGCCGCGCCUCCUCCACCUCCACGCGCACCGGCUAAGGAGGAGAGCCACAAGUUUAGCGUUCCUCCUCCCUUUGCCGGCCAGCGUCAUAACCCUCCGCCUCCACCAAGCCGUGGCCCAGCUCCUCCCCCCCCCCCUCGCUCCGGACACGACUCGAGCUCUCCAAUUGCCGCGCCUGGCCCGCCUCCUCCCCUGCCUCCCAAGGUGCCAGCUGGCGGCCCUCCCCCAUUGCCCCCGUCCAGCUCGCGCCCGCGUCCUAUGCCCCCCCGACGCCCCCGCCGCCUAUGCCCGCCUCGUCCGGCGCACCGCCAGCACCUCCCCCCCCUCCUCCGUUCUGCCGGCGGUGCACCGCCUGCUCCCCCUCCCCCUCCCCCUCCGAACCGCGACUCCGGCUACUCUUCCGGUGUCCCGGCCCCUGCGCUGCCCAACGCCGACAACAGCCGGGCUGCCAUGCUCGGUGACAUCCAAAAGGCCGGCGGGAUCGGCGCCCUGAAGAAGGUCGACAGGAGCCAGAUCCGCGACCGCAGCGGAGCCCAGGUUGGCGACACUGCUUCAUCUGCUGCACCCGCUGGAGGUGCACCCGGUGCCCCACAGGGUGGUAUGGCUGAUGCGCUGGCUGCGGCGCUGCAGAAGCGUAAAGAGAAGGUCAGCAGGAGCGAUGACGAGAGUGACAAUGACGACUGGUAA